AUGAGAAGAGAUUCAACCGUCCUUGGACCCAUGAAUAAAAUCCUUGUGGCCAAUCGUGGUGAAAUCCCUAUCAGAAUCUUUAGAACUGCUCAUGAAUUAUCAAUGCAAACCGUGGCUAUCUAUUCUCAUGAAGAUAGAUUGUCAAUGCAUCGUUUAAAAGCUGAUGAAUCUUAUGUCAUUGGUAAAAAGGGUCAAUUCACUCCUGUUGGAGCUUAUUUACAAAUUGAUGAAAUUAUAAGUAUCGCAAAACAUCAUAAUGUUAAUAUGAUUCAUCCUGGUUAUGGAUUCCUUUCUGAAAAUUCCGAAUUUGCUAGAAAAGUUGAAGAAGCUGGUAUAGUUUGGAUUGGUCCAAGUUAUAAAACUAUCGAUGCAGUAGGUGAUAAAGUUAGUGCCAGAAAUUUAGCUCUUGCUAAUGAUGUUCCUGUUGUCCCAGGUACUCCUGGUCCAAUUGAAACUGUUGAAGAAGCUGAAAAAUUCGUUGAAAAAUAUGGUUAUCCUGUCAUUAUAAAAGCUGCUUUUGGUGGUGGUGGUAGAGGUAUGAGAGUGGUGCGUGAAGGUGAUGAUAUCGGUGAUGCCUUUAAUAGAGCCACUUCAGAAGCUAAAACUUCAUUUGGUAAUGGUACUUGUUUUAUUGAAAGAUUCUUAGACAAACCAAAACAUAUUGAAGUUCAAUUAUUAGCUGAUAAUUAUGGUAAUGUCAUUCAUCUUUUUGAAAGAGAUUGUUCAGUUCAAAGAAGACAUCAAAAAGUGGUUGAAAUCGCUCCUGCUAAAAACUUACCAAAAGAAGUUCGUGAUGCCAUUUUAACUGAUGCGGUUAAAUUAGCUAAAUCGGCUAAUUAUAGAAAUGCAGGUACUGCUGAAUUCUUAGUUGAUGAACAAAAUAGACAUUAUUUUAUUGAAAUUAAUCCAAGAAUUCAAGUUGAACAUACUAUCACUGAAGAAAUCACUGGGGUUGAUAUCGUUGCUGCUCAAAUUCAAAUUGCUGCUGGUGCUUCAUUACAACAAUUAGGACUUUUACAAGAUAAAAUUAAUACUAGAGGUUUCGCUAUUCAAUGUAGAAUCACUACUGAAGAUCCAGCCAAAAGUUUUCAACCUGAUACUGGUAAGAUUGAAGUGUAUAGAUCUGCUGGUGGUAAUGGUAUUAGAUUGGAUGGUGGUAAUGGUUUUGCUGGGUCCAUCAUUAGUCCUCAUUAUGAUUCUAUGUUGGUUAAAUGUAGUUGUUCUGGUUCAACUUUUGAAAUUGCUAGAAGAAAAAUGUUAAGAGCUUUAAUUGAAUUUAGAAUUAGAGGUGUUAAAACUAAUAUUCCUUUCUUAUUAGCUUUAUUAACUAAUGAAACUUUUAUUGUCGGUAAUUGUUGGACUACUUUCAUUGAUGAUACUCCUUCAUUAUUCCAAAUGAUAACUUCUCAAAAUAGAGCUACUAAAAUGUUAGGUUACUUAGCUGAUUUAGUGGUUAAUGGUUCAUCUAUUAAAGGUCAAGUUGGUGUGCCAAAAUUAGAUGAUGAAGCUGAAAUUCCAGUCAUUCAUGAUCCAAAAACUGGUAUUGCUAUUGAUGUUGAAAAUACUCCAAUUCCAAGAGGUUGGAGACAAGUUUUAUUAGAAGAAGGUCCAGAAGUUUUCACUAAGAAAGUUCGUGAAUUCAAAGGUACUCUUAUAACUGAUACUACUUGGAGAGAUGCUCAUCAAUCUUUAUUAGCUACCAGAGUUCGUACUAUUGAUUUAUUAAAUAUUGCUCCAACUACUGCUUUUGCUCUUAAUGGUGCCUUUUCCUUAGAAUGUUGGGGUGGUGCUACUUUUGACGUCUGUAUGAGAUUCCUUUACGAAGAUCCAUGGGCUAGAUUAAAGAAAUUAAGAGCUGCUGUUCCAAAUAUUCCAUUUCAAAUGUUAUUAAGAGGUGCUAAUGGGGUUGCUUAUUCUUCAUUACCUGAUAAUGCUAUUGAUCAUUUCGUUAAAGAAGCUAAAGAUAAUGGUGUUGAUAUCUUCAGAGUUUUCGAUGCUUUAAACGAUUUAGAUCAAUUAAAAGUUGGUAUUGAUGCUGUUAAGAAAGCUGGUGGUGUAGUUGAAGCUACUGUUUGUUAUUCCGGUGAUAUGUUACAACCAGGUAAGAAAUAUAACUUAGAAUACUACUUAGAUGUGGUUGAUAAGAUCGUUGCUAUGGGUACUCAUUUCUUAGGUCUUAAAGAUAUGGCUGGUACUUUAAAACCAAAAGCUGCAACUAUUUUAAUUACUGCAAUCAGAGCUAAAUAUCCUGAUUUAGCCAUUCAUGUUCAUACUCAUGAUUCAGCUGGUACCGGUGUUGCAUCUAUGACUGCUGCUGCCAAAGCUGGUGCUGACGUGGUUGAUGCUGCUUCCAAUUCCAUGUCUGGUAUGACUUCUCAACCUUCCAUCAGUGCUAUUUUAGCCUCAUUAGAAGGUGAUAUUGAAACUGGUUUAGAAGAUUCAUUAGUUCGUGAAAUUGAUAAUUAUUGGGCUCAAAUGAGAUUAUUAUAUUCAUGUUUCGAAGCUGACUUGAAAGGUCCAGAUCCAGAAGUUUAUCAACAUGAAAUUCCAGGUGGUCAAUUAACUAAUUUAUUAUUCCAAGCCCAACAAUUAGGUUUAGGUUCUAAAUGGGUUCAAACUAAAGAAACUUAUAAAAUCGCUAAUAAAUUAUUAGGUGAUGUGGUUAAAGUUACUCCAACUUCAAAAGUGGUUGGUGAUUUAGCUCAAUUUAUGGUUUCAAAUAAUUUAUCCGAAGAAGAUGUUUAUAAAUUAGCUGGUGAAUUAGAUUUCCCUGAUUCUGUUUUAGAUUUCAUGGAAGGUUUAAUGGGAACACCAUAUGGAGGAUUCCCAGAACCAUUAAGAACUAAUAUGUUAGGUACUAAGAGACAAAAAUUAUCCAGUAGACCUGGAUUGAACUUAACUCCUGUUGAUUUUGAUUCUAUUAAACAAGAAUUAGUAUCAAGAUAUGGACCAACCAUUAAAGAAAGUGAUGUUGCUUCUUACGUCAUGUAUCCAAAAGUUUUUGAAAGUUAUAAGAAACAAGUUGAAAAAUAUGGUAUUUUAUCAGUAUUACCAACUAGAUAUUUCCUUAAACCAUGUAGAAUUGGUCAAGAAUUAACCGUUGACAUUGAACAGGGUAAGACUUUAAUCAUUAAAUUAUUAGCUAUUGGUGAAAUCAGUCAACAAACUGGUACUAGAGAAGUUUUCUUUGAAUUAAAUGGUGAAAUGAGAUCUGUUACUGUUGAUGAUAAGACUGUGUCCAUUGAAACCAAGACUAGACCAAAGGCUUCUGAACCAAAUGAUGUUGGUGCACCAAUGGCUGGUGUUGUUAUUGAAGUUAGAACCAAACCAGGUACUGAAGUUAAAAAGGGUGAUCCAGUUGCUGUUUUAUCUGCCAUGAAGAUGGAAAUGGUGAUUAGUGCUCCAGUCUCUGGUAUAGUGGGAGAUAUCUUAAUCAAAGAAGGUGAUUCUGUUGAUGCUAAUGAUUUAAUCACCAGUAUUCAUAAAUAA